AUGCCACCAAAGAAGGGAAAACAGCCACAAGUGGUUGGCAAGAAGAAGGACAAUGUUGACAAGACAUUUGGUAUGAAGAACAAGAACCGUUCCACCAAGGUCCAAAAGUACAUCAAACAAGUGCAGUCGCAGUCGGACCCCAAGAAGGAGGAGAUGAGGUUGAAGAAGUUAGAGGAGAAAAAGCGCAAAGAAGCUGAAGAGGCUGAGCGAAAAGCGUUGUUCAAUCCCCUAACAGAUCAAAGAGUUCGUGCAGGUGUAGACCCCAAGUCUAUGGUCUGUGCCCUGUUUAAGCUGGGCAACUGUAACAAAGGUGCCAAAUGUAAAUUCUCACACGACUUGAACGUUGGUAGAAGGAUGGAAAAGAGAGAUUUAUAUCAAGACACAAGAAGCGAAAAGGAGGAAGACACAAUGGAUAACUGGGACGAAGAAAAGUUGAGAAAUGUCAUCAUGUCAAAGCACGGCAACCCAAAGACCACCACCGAAAAAAUUUGCAAAUUCUUUAUUGAAGCGGUGGAAAAUGGUAAAUACGGCUGGUUUUGGGUUUGCCCCAACGGAGGUGACAAAUGUAUGUACAGACACUCCCUGCCAGAAGGCUUCGUACUGAAGACCAACGAGCAAAAGAGGCUCGAGAGGGAGUCGCUAGAGAAACAGCCAAAAAUCACACUGGAGGAGUUCAUCGAAACUGAGAGGGGCAAGCUGGACAAAACCAAGCUAACGCCAAUAACAGUCGCAAAUUUCGCUCAGUGGAAGAAGGAACACAUUAUUGCCAAGAUUAACGCCGAGAAGAAGCUGAUCAGCAAGAGGAAACCCACAGGUAGAGAAAUCAUCCUGAAGCUGAGCGCCGAAAACAAGUCAUUCGAGACGGACUACACCGACAUGGCAGACGACGUCGCCCAGGGGUCCGCAUGGGAUCUCUCCGAGUUCACAGACGCACUGAGGAAAGCUGACCACCAAGAUGAUGGUGGGAUCAAGGAUUACGGUGACGGUAGCAACCCCACCUUCGAUAUCAAAAAAGCCAACCCUGCUACCCUCGCAUAA